AUUUGGUUAAAGCUGUUAAAAACACAUUUUCACAUGAAAUAUUGGUGAGAAGGCCCAUGGAUUAUAAAUUCCUGAUUUCUCUUCAUAUGCUGCAGUUUCAAUCUUUCUAUUUACACAAAGUAGGAUAAUUUCUCACAAACAGAGGAACAGAUUAUCAGUGUUGGAUGUGAAGAUGGGACACACUUUGCUCUCUCUACUGGGGUUUUUCUUGCUGAAUUUACUUUACCGUGGACAAGCUCAAGAUGCUGUGCUGACCAUUGAGCCAAACUUGACCACUUUUUCCCCCUGGGAGUCUGUUACCUUCAAGUGUGACAUUACAGGAGGCAAAGAAAACGACUGGUUUUACUCAAUCCAAAGGGAUGGUCAAGCAUUUCUCUCGUACCAAAAAUAUGAGAGCUAUAAAUUACCCUCAGCUUCAGGCUACAGUGGUGAAUAUCAAUGCUUUUUUCUGCACAGGGGAUCAACAAAAAUAAGCAAUAAAAUCUAUCUAAAUGUAUCAGAAAGACCUGAGCCUGUCCUCACUGUGUCUCCAUCAUGGCCGAGUCCUGGAGCCUCAGUAACUCUGAACUGCAGGGUUGAUCAUCCUUCUGCUGGCUGGAGCUUCUACUGGUAUAAGGCUGUUCCCAGACUGUCAGGCAACUCCUACAGCUAUGAGCUGCUACCUGGCAGCAAGAAUGGGACUGAACAGGAUCUCUUCAUCAUUGAUGGACAAGCACACACAGCAAUAUAUUACUGCAGAGCAGGAAUAGGAUAUCCAGUGUAUUACAGUUCGUACAGCAAACCUAAGUUUGUCUGGUCUGGAGAUAUUAACUCUGCAGCGUCUCUCACAGUGAGUCCUGACAGUGUGCAGCACUUCACCAAAACGUCUGUGUCACUGAGCUGUGAGGGAAACUCCACUGAGUGGAGAGUGAUGAGGUUGUAUGAAUCUGGCUUCCUUCAUCACUGUUCUUCCUGGGGGACAAUGACUGGAUCCACAUGCACAAUGACCAGAUACUGGUUUAGUGGAGUGUACUGGUGUGAGUCUGAAACAGGACAGUUCAGUAAUGCAGUCAACAUCACUAUUGAGUAUGGUGAUAUUAUCCUGGUGAGUCCUGUCCGUCCUGUGGCUGAGGGACUUCCUGUCACUCUUAGCUGCAAGUUAAAUAAUGAAGCUGCUGUUUAUUAUGUGGAUUUCUAUAAAAAUGACAAAGUCAUCCAGAACGAUACCAGAAGGGAGCUGACCAUCUCUGCAGUGUCAAAGUCAGAUGAAGGCUUUUAUAAAUGUAAACAGAGAGAUUCAGCAGAUGGUUGGACAUCACCAGAGAGUUGGUUCUCAGUAAAAUCAGCGUCCGGGCAUGGAAAAGACUCUCAAUUUCCCGUUCUGCUGAUCGUUGGGCUGCUUUGUGGAGUUUUACUGAUUAUUCUCCUGCUGCUGUUCCUGUAUUCAUACAGAAAGUCAAAAGAUUCAUGCUAUAGCAGAUCUCAGAGGACCAAUCACGGCCCUGCUACAGACCACAUGAUCAACCAGGACGAAACUAACCAAAGAGAAUAUGCUUCUGUUCUCCAGGAUAAUGCUUGUCUCUAUGAAACAAUCAAAGGCCCAGAAGAACCUGCAAAUGAUGAAUCCAUGGAUGUCACAUAUUCUGUGGUCGAGCUCAAACACAUUUCUAAGAAGGGGAAGAAAAAUGAACCGGAGGAUUGUGUUUACUCACAUGUGCAGAUGGCAUCAGCUGCAGGGAAGUCAAGUCCUGCACCAGCGGAUGAAACUGUUUAUUCUGAACUCAAACCAGGAACAGCUCUUGGUAAAAAUGCAGCUGUUAAAGUGGACGUAUGUGUGAGAGACAGAGAGUCAGUGUUCGAUGUGAAGAUGGGACACACUUUGCUCUGCGCACUGGGGUUAUUCUUGCUGAAUUUACUCUACCGUGUACAAGCUCAAGAUGCUGUGCUGACCAUUGAGCCAAACUGGACCACUGUUUUUAUUGGAGAGUCUGUUACUUUCAAGUGUGACAUCACAGGAGACAAAGACAGAGACUGGUCUUACUCAAUCCAAAGGGAUGGUCGAGAAUUUCUCUCUUACCAAAAACAUGAGAGCUUUAAAUUACCCUCUCUAGCUUCAGGCUACAGUGGUGAAUACCAAUGUUUUUUUCGGUACAGGGGAUCAAAGAAAAGAAGCAAUAAAAUCUAUCUAACUGUAUCAGACAAACCUCUGCCUGUCCUCACUGUGUCUCCAUCAUGGCCGAGUCCUGGAGCCUCAGUAACUCUGAACUGCAGGGUUGAUCAUCCUUCUGCUGGCUGGAGCUUCUACUGGUUUAAGGCUGUUCCCAAAAAGUCAGACAACUCCUACAGCUAUGAGCUGCUACCUGGCAGCGAGAAUGGGACUGAACACCAUCUCUUCAUCAUUGAUGGACAAACACACACAGCAGGAUAUGUGUGCAUAGCAGGAAGGGGAGAUCCAGUGUUUUACACUUCAUACACCAAACCUACGUUUUUCUGGUCUGGAGAUAUUAAUUCAGUAGCGUCUCUCACAGUGAGUCCUGACAGUGUGCAGCACUUCACCGAAACGUCUGUGUCACUGAGCUGUGAGGGAAACUCCACUGAGUGGAGAGUGAUGAAGUUUUCACAACCUGACAACCUUCUUCUUCCCUGUUCUAUCUGGGGGACAAUGACUGGAUCCACAUGCACAAUAACCAGAAGAUGGCUUAGUGGAGUGUUCUGGUGUGAGUCUGAAACAGGACAGUUCAGUAAUGCAGUCAACAUCACUAAAGAUGAUGAUGAUAUUAUCCUGGUGAGCCCUGUCCGACCUGUAGCCGAGGGACUUCCUGCCACUCUUAGCUGCAAGUUAAAGACAGAAACCGUUUAUAAUGCGGAUUUCUAUAAAAAUGACAAACUCAUCCAGAAUGAUACCAGAAGGGAGCUGACCAUCUCUGCAGUGUCAAAGUCAGAUGAAGGCUUUUAUAAAUGUAAACAGAGAGAUUCAGCAGAUGGUUGGACGUCACCAGAGAGUUGGUUCUCAGUAAAAUACAGAAACGUGAUCCUGGAAAGUCCUGCGUCCACUUUGUUUGAAGGAGAAUCAGUGACUCUGCGCUGUAGGCAUCGUAAUCAGAGAGAGGAGAAUGCUGCCUUCUACAGAGACAGAUCAUUAAUGGCAAACAACACAGUUCAAGUAAUGUCAGACGGGAGCUCUUUCAGUUGUAAAUUUGGCGAUGAAGAAUCUGAAUCAAUAAAACUGAGAACUGAACCAAAACCAAAGGCCCAGCUGAGAGACGUAUUUCCAGGAGGGGGCAAUGUGACUCUAACUUGCUCUGUAGGACCAUCAUCAGCUUCUGGUUGGAGAUACUUCUGGUACAAAAAAGAGAAAACCUCUGAACCCCUGAAGACACAGGAUGUGGUUUUCCUCACAAAUGAUCAAAUCAGUGUCUCACGAGGAGGCGUCUACUGGUGCAGAGGAGGAAGAGGAAACCCUGUUUACUACACAGAGUACAGCGAUGCAGUCGUCACAAACAGGGCUGUUGUGACCCUGCGACCCAACUGGCCUGAGAUUUACUCUGGAGAAACGAUCACUCUUACAUGUGAAAUUAAGGAUGGAGGAGACUAUGAGUGGGAUUAUAUAUGGACGACACUCGGGUCAUACAAACCUCCGACAUCUGACCCUAAAUAUACUCUGACCUCACAAAGUGGAGACUACGGGUGUAUGGGCAGACUGAAAGGUGAAAUGUCUGCCACGCUGUGGAGUGAUGUUCUCACAUUGACAGUAUCUAAUGACAAACCUCUGCCUGUCCUCACUGUGUCUCCAUCAUGGCCGAGUCCUGGAGCCUCAGUAACUCUGAACUGCAGGGUUGAUCAUCCUUCUGCUGGCUGGAGCUUCUACUGGUAUAAGGCUGUUCCCAAAAAGUCAGGCAACUCUUACAGCCAUGAGCUGCUACCUGGCAGCGAGAAUGGGACUGAACACCAUCUCUUCAUCAUUGAUGGACAAACACACACAGCAGGAUAUGUGUGCAGAGCAGGAAGAGGAGAUCCAGUGUUUUACAGUUGGCAUAGCAGUGCUGCAUUUCUCUGGUCUGGAGAUUUGAAUUCAGCAGCAUCUCUCACAGUGAGUCCUGACAGUGUGCAGCACUUCACCGAAACGUCUGUGUCACUGAGCUGUGAGGGAAACUCCACUGAGUGGAGAGUGAGGAGCUUUUGGAAACCUGCCUACCUUUAUCCCUGUUCUUCCUGGGGGACAAUGACUGGAUCCACAUGCACAAUAACCAGCAGCUGGCUCAGUGGAGUGUUCUGGUGUGAGUCUGAAACAGGACAGUUCAGUAAUGCAGUCAACAUCACUAUGGAGUAUGAUGGUAAAAUGAUCCUGGUGAGUCCUGUCCGUCCUGUGGCUGAGGGACAUGCUGUCACUCUUAGCUGCAAGUUAAAGACAGGAACCGUUUAUAAUGUGGAUUUCUAUAAAAAUGACAAACUCAUCCAGAACGAUACCAGAAGCGAGCUGACCAUCUCUGCAGUGUCAAAGUCAGACGAAGGCUUUUAUAAAUGUAAACAGAGAGAUUCAGCAGAUGGUUGGAUGUCACCAGAGAGUUGGUUCUCAGUAAAAUCAGCUUCUCGGCCUGGAAAAGUCUCUCAAUUUCCCGUCCUGUUGACUGUUGGGCUGCUUUGUGGAGUUUUACGGAUAAUUCUCCCUCUGCUGUUCAUGUAUCGCUACAGAAAAUCAAAAGAUUCAGUCUUCAUCAGAUCUCAGAGCACCAAUCAGGGCCCUGCUACAGACCACAUGAUCAACCAGGAUGAAAUUCAAAACAUGCCACAAUAUUCUACUCUCCUCCAUGGUGAUCGUUGUCUCUAUGAAACAAUCGGAGCGCCUGUAGAAGCUGGAAAUGAUUCAGUCUUCAUCAGAUCUCAGAGCACCAAUCAGGGCCCUGCUACAGACCACAUGAUCAACCAGGAUGAAAUUCAAAACAUGCCAGAAUAUUCUGCUCUCCUCCAUGGUGAUCGUUGUCUCUAUGGAAGAAUCGGAGGGCCGGUAGAAGCUGGAAAUGAUUCAGUCUUCAUCAGAUCUCAGAGCACCAAUCAGGGCCCUGCUACAGACCACAUGAUCAACCAGGAUGAAAUUCAAAACAUGCCAGAAUAUUCUGCUCUCCUCCAUGGUGAUCGUUGUCUCUAUGGAAGAAUCGGAGGGCCUGUAGAAGCUGGAAAUGCAGGUGCCAGUAAUGAACCAGAAGAGAGCCUUUACAUAAACGUGGCUGCAGAUCAAUAAAGACAUGCUCAUGGACAGAACCAAUGGAGCGGAUAAAAACAUGAAAAACAAAAUGCUUGUUUCAGCAAUUGAGUGUAUUUGCUGCUUUUGUGUAAAUAGUGCAGAACCUUUUUAAAUAAAGGCCUUUCUAGGAACAUGCUGAAUGCUUUGCAAUUCAACUGUAUACUUACUUUCUGUGUACUUAUAUUUAGUGUAAAACAUUGUACUACAACUUUAUCUGUUACAUGUCUGAUUCAGAUCAUGUGGCUCUAACCUUGUUGUACAUUUGGUGAUAUUAGAGCCAGAUACUAAUAAAUGCAGUAUGGACACAUGCUUUAGCACUGCAGAUGCACAGAGUGGACACACAAAUAUAUUAUUAAUAAAACCUGAAUGCAAUUAUACCUGCAUGUACUGUUCAGUGAAUGAUUCUUACUAGAUGCUACCAGAGGGUGCCAACAAAUGAUCUAAUGCCUUUAAUUUACCUGCAGAAGUAGUCUCUUGCAAAAGACAAAACAUCUGAAGUCACAGCGCCACCAAUAGGUCAAACAAGAUGUUCAGAUUCAAAGGGACUGAAGCACACACCUUUUGUACAGUGUAUUUGUUUCCUUUCAGAUAUGUAGGGC